CGGAUACUGUGCCACGGCAAAAUUCGACGACGAUGGCGACGGUCCAAGCGAUCCUCGCGCCAUACCUGCCGCGACCUGCCGACGGUGCGUCAGCGGCGCACCCGAUGAUCCUCGUCUUCUCUGCUUCGUGGGCCAAGCCGCACAACGAGCGUGUGCUCAAAGGCCUCCACGACCUCGUGGCCAAGCAUGCGACGGCGUCCGUCUUGUUUGUGUCGGCCGAGCUGGACCAAGUGCGCUUCACGGAGCACGUCGAGUGGCUGGCGUCGUGGGCGGAAGUGUUGCCGUACCAUUGCCAGGACGAGCGCGUGACGUUGUUUCGUCACUUUGAGGUCGACAGCGUGCCGCAGAUCCGAGUAAUAGAGGGUGCGACGUUGCGCCCGCUGACGCCCGAGACGCUCCCGCACUGCUCGCCCGACGGCCGCGCGCUGCUUCAAGCGCUGUUGGCGCCGCGCGCCGCUCCGCCCCCUGCGGACGACACGCGCCUGCUGCAAGAGAUGCGCCGGAACGCCAACGUUAUGUACGACGAAGGCGACUUCCACGGCGCCGCGUGCGUCUUCUCGGACGUCCUCGCGCUCGACCCGUGUUGCAUCAAGAGCAAUUUCAACCUCGCCGUCAUCUUGCAUACGAUGGGCCAAACGCGGCUCGCGAUCCCGUACAUGCUGCGUGUGAUCGAGGUUGACCCGAACGAUGCAACGGCCCACUCGGUGCUGCGCUCGGUGUUCUUUACUCAAGAACCCGACCUCGUGCGGCGCGGGUACGCGUCGAUCGUCGCGACGCACCCGACGCACCUCCGCGCGGCGCAUACGCUCGCCGCGCUCCAGGGCGACGCGACGACAAGCGAGAAGGCGUACGUGCGUCAAGUGUUUGACGAAUUGGCCGACACGUUUGAGGAAAAGCUCGUGCAGCAUUUGCACUACAAGGUGCCGUGGCAACUGCUGGAUGCCGUCACGGCCACGACCUCGAUGAUGUCGAGUGGCGGGAAUUGGCGCGUUCUCGACUUGGGCUGCGGCACGGGUCUCUGCGGCCGCCUCUUUCGCCCGUUUGUCGGGCACACGAUCGGGGUCGACCUGUCUCCGCUCAUGGUCGACAAGACAAUCGCUCUCGGUGGCUACGACGAAGUCUACGCGGACGAUAUUCUGCCGGUUCUGGACGCCCAGCCGACAGGAAGCGUGAAUCUUGUGCUCUCGGCCGACGUCUGGAUCUAUGUCGGCGCCCUCGAGACCGUCUUUGCGGCGUGCCACCGCGUCUUGGGACCGUUCGGCACGCUCGCCUUCUCGAUCGAAGAGCUCGAGCCGUCGGCGAGCGAGUUCAAGCUCGUGCAGUCGGGCCGCUUCCAGCACACGCGAGCGUACAUCCGUCGACUGGCGACGGCCACUGGCUUUAGCCUUCGGCACGAAGAGCCCAUUGUCGUGCGUCAAGAGAGCUCCGAGCCGAUCCGCGGCGUUCUCUACGUCCUCGCGGUCGCGUCGACCUAGUAAAAAAGCGGCGUUAAGGUGCAACUACGGUAAAAUGUACUUAGUAUGGCCUUGGUGCUAUC